AUGGCUAGCGAAAAGUCCACCACACUCUCCGAGUAUCUGUUCACUCGACUCCUCCAGCUCGGCGCUGAUUCCAUCUUUGGCCUGCCGGGAGAUUUCAAUCUUAAGCUGCUGGAUUAUAUAGCCCCCUCGGGAUUGAAAUGGAUCGGGAACUGCAACGAGUUGAAUGCAGGAUAUGCUGCUGAUGGAUAUGCGCGGAUUAAGGGAAUCGGUGCUCUCGUCACCACAUUUGGUGUCGGGGAGCUCUCGGCUAUUAACGCCAUUGCGGGUGCAUAUGCGGAACGAGCUCCCGUUGUUCACAUAGUUGGAACGCCACCACGACAGUUGCAGGAAUCGCGAGCUCUCGUCCAUCACACAUUUGCUGAUGGCGAUUUUGGUAGAUUUGACCAGAUGCAGGAACACAUCACAGUGGCGCAAGUCAUUAUCAAAGACUACCGGACGGCACCGGCGGAAAUCGAUUAUGUUCUACAACAGUGCUUAGUCCACAGCAGGCCGGUUCGGAUUGCAAUUCCGCAUGACAUGGUUGGAGUGCGGGUGCCUGCAGCAGGGCUUGAUACCAAGAUCGCCAUCCCUCCUCCAGUCAGCCAGCCACAGGUCGAAGAGGAGGCGUUACGACUCGUCCUGGACCGAAUUUACAGCAGCAAGAAGCCUAUGAUACUCGUCGAUGGCGAGAGCAGAGUGCUUGACAUUUUGGAUGAGAUCGAUCAAAUUGUCAAGAAGACCGAAUGGCCAACGUUUACUUCUGGAUUCGGAAAGAGUCUGGUCAGCGAAGCUCUGCCGAAUGUCCAUGGAGUGUAUUCGCCAGAUCACAAGAAGUUUGUCGACUCUUGCGACUUGGUACUCUCCUUUGGACCUCACUACAGCUCGACGAAUAGCCACCAGAACCUUACGCUUCCAAAAAAGGAGGUUACAAUAGAUUUUACAGAAACCGCGAUCAAGAUCAACAAGGCCGCCUUUCACGACAUCCCAUCAAAACAGUUCAUACAACGGCUUAUCGCGAAGCUCGAUGCUUCAAAGUUCCCCAAGCAUACACCUGAAAUCAUCCCUACCAGCACCCUUUCCCCAGUGACAAGGUCAGACCCGGUUACACAGACGGGUGGAUUCUGGCAGAGACUAUCCCCGUUUCUCCGAGAAGGUGAUAUCAUUCUCGCAGAAACUGGUACGGCCGGUUACGGUGCGAACGAGUUUGCCCUCCCCCAGCACACGCGCCUCUUCAGACCGGUUACCUGGUUAUCCAUCGGAUACAUGCUCCCCGCGGCCCUCGGUACCAGCAUCGCACAGAGAGACCUCAUCACCCGGUCCGAGUAUCACAAUCUACCACGUGCUCGCACGGUUCUGCUCAUCGGAGACGGCAGCUUCCAACUAACAGCACAGGAACUCAGCACUAUCAUUCACCACAAACUGGACGUGGUCGUCUUCCUAAUCAACAACGAAGGAUACACAAUCGAGCGAUGCAUCCAUGGACGAAACGCGGAGUAUAACGAUAUCACUCAAUGGCGGUACCUCAAGGCGCCGGCAUUUUUCGGUGCGGCGGAGGAUGGCGAGUACGCCGCGCAAACAACCGAGAUUCGAACAUGGGGUGAUUUAGAGAAGGUCAUUGCCGAUGAGAGUAUGUGGAAUGCGAAGGGGAUCCGGAUGGUGGAGGUUUUCUUGCCGAAACUUGAUGCGCCUAAACUUCUGAUGGGCUUGUUGCACAGUCAGGAGCAAGCAGAUCUGAAGCAGCAGCAGACAGCGAAGUGA